AUUUCUCUCCUUCUCGGCCUCCGUAGUGCGUCCUCUCGUAAAGCCGAGCGACGCGCUUAAAAGUGAUGACAUCCGAGUGCGCCGUCACCGCCGCGGGCGCCGACGCCAUGAACAGCGUAGGGGAGGCUUGCACAGACAUGAAGCGCGAGUACGACCAGUGCUUCAAUCGCUGGUUUGCCGAGAAGUUCCUCAAGGGGGACGGCUCCGGGGACCCGUGCACCGACCUCUUCAAGCGCUACCAGCAGUGUGUUCAGAAAGCAAUAAAGGAGAAGGAGAUUCCUAUUGAAGGACUGGAGUUCAUGGGCCAUGGCAAAGAAAAGCCUGAAAGCUCUUCUUGACCUUGACAGUCACCUUGAAAAUGGACUCCUCAAAUCAGGCAAUUGAGGCUUCUGGAUCGUGUCAAAGCUGUGAAGAUAGCAUUGAUUUGAUGAAUUUAGGAGGGAGGAGUUUCUUGUCCUCCUUGAUAUUUUUCUCUGUUGUAAAAGAUGACGAACCAUCACUCUUUGCUUUGAAAUUUCUGGUUAUGCAAUCAGCAGGAAUGCAAUGUGCUAAAUAAUAGGAUUAUUUGGGAUUAUGAUUGCAAUGCUUGGUCUGGGAUCAGUUUUAAAUAUAUCUUGUAUGUAAAUACUGGUAAGCUUGUCAGGAUGACCAAGGCUGGUUGUGUCAGGCUUCGAAGGACAUUAUGUACACUGUACUGGGGUUACUGUUCAUGGAAGCAACUGGUUAGGAUCUCUCUUUUCUCUCAGGGAGCUAAUGCUCUGGAAAGGGUUCCCAGCACAACAGUUUCGAUCAAUGCUUGGGAGCAGUUUUAUUUUUAUACAGUAACUUAAUGGUUAAGAUUGCUGGUGGACUGGGUUAGCCAAGAGGAAGACAGCUUUUAACAGUUCCCUACAUUAACAAGAGGUAUCAGAUCUCAUAUUAAGAUGUGAAAGCUUCCAGAACACUGCGGCAAACACCAUUUCAGAGCUCAUGUUGUGGUUCAGGAAUUAAGAUCCUUGGAGCGGCUAUGGAGGAAGAUCCUAAAUUGCAAAGAUUUGCUGUUGCCAGCUUUCAAGUUAAGUCAAUGAAUUAAGUCAACCUGCAUAUCAUAAAAGUGCCAAAAUGCUGCAUCUGGUUAAGGGGCGGGGGGGGGGUGCUUUAUUUGCCUUGUUUACCCACCCUGCCCUGUAAUGCCUGUAAUCAUGAAGAUGGAAUAAAUUGUAACAUUUAGUUUCUAUU